GAAAAGGCAAACUGCCUUUUCUGUUUAGCCUAUACUAGCAGAUGAGAUGAGGAAAACGCGUGUUGGCUACUUUAACAAACAGUAUAUUUGGUCAGUCAGUGAUCAUUAACCUGUCUCAUGAAAGUCCCUAAACUGCGGAGUGAACCAUGUAAGUUAAAGGUGUAUUGCCGCUGCCAAGACAUUGGACAGCUGUCACUCAGUUGUGCGUUUUUCGUUGCACCAAACCCGAAAUGGUCGUCUGCGAACCGUGUACGUGACAAGCCAUCAAGGCAUCUGCAACUUGUGUCAUCCUUUCCUAGGCAUUUCUACUAUUUUAUGAAUUGCGAUAUGGGUGUGAAGAGCGCGUGAUAGGGACACGCGUGCCCUCAGCGCAGUGACGCUUUCAUUCUUAACAAUAUGUCAACAGUCGCACAUCGAAAUUCCCGUGUUCAAGUCGGUAACGGAGUUGAAUGCGAGACUGCUCGACCACGUCGAACACUCCGUCAUGAAUUAUCUGCAGAGCAAUAUUCAGACCAUGACCUGGAUUUAAACAAGGACACCUACGGCACCAGGGAAAUGGAGCAAACGCCUUCAAGGGGCACUGGGAGCAUCAAGCGUCAGUGCUCAACUUCUGAGGACAACAUUCCCACAGUGCUGCCUUUGCAGCUGGCAAUGGUACAAGGGCCGGACAGGCUUCCUGACAGCGAGGGGGCACAGGAUGUGCUGAGAGGGAAGCUCCGUGUGCUGGAGGCUGACCCUGGAAAGGUCACGACCCUGCUUUCAGAGCUCUCUGCCAAUCUGUUAACUAUAAACAGUGAAGAGAACGCUCUAUAUGUGACCUUCAAAACCUUCGAAGAAAUCUGGAAGUUCAGCACGUAUUACAAAAUGGGAUUCCUGGGGCAGUGCAUGGAGAACUUGCUGCUGGACCAGAACUUCUGGCUGAACUCACUGGACCAGGAGAAUGCUGGAAUAGAGAUCUCCAUCAAGGAGGACACCAUGAACCUCAUGUACAAAGGCUUCCUCAUGCAGGAAGGAUCCUUCUAUGCAACCUGCACCUCCAACCAAAUGUUUGACAGCUCAACUUCAGGAAGUGACCUUUAUUUGGAGAAAGGCGACAUCGCCCUGUUUGAACCCCCCUUUUUGGGCUCAGGAUGGACAGUACUGUCCUUGGCAGAUGGGUCACGAGGAACCAAAUCCAAUCCAGGCCUGGAGCCAGUUAUUCCUUUCUAUGAGUGGUUCCUGAAGUCGUGUCCUGAAGGCGCCAUUGUUGGCAAAGGAAAAGAAACUCACAGUUUCCCUUAUCAAUUUGCCACAGGUGCCUGUGUAGCCACUGAGGAUUAUGAUGGCAGCGCACCAGACGAGCUGAGCUUUGAAGCUGGCGAUCGCAUCGCUGUGGUGGGCCUGCUGGUGUCCUGCUUCCAGUGGUUCCUAGGGAGGAGGGAGAACAACGGAGACCUAGGACUGGUGCAGACACAUCUGGUCAAACCCACAGAUAGUCUUUGUGAGUCAACCGACAUCUUUCUAACCACAGAAGACAGGUUGUUCUUUAAAAUGGAACAGGAAAAAAUUAAGGAGGAGACGAUUGACAUGUUGAAAAGGACAUCCCAGAGUGAGGUUGGGACUAUCUACCAACUUGAUUUGAUCAGUGAUUCCCCUGCUAUUUCAAGUGAAAUAGCUCAUCCCUCAGAAGAUGGAGAUGUGAAUGCCAAGACAGAAGUGGAACUGAAAAGUAAAAUUGUGGAUUACCUGCACAAACUGACCAUAUCUAAUGGAACAGCCACUGGAACUGCACGGUCUUCUGAUGACGUGGACAUGUCUUCAGGCAAGGAACUGGAAAGCAAAGACAUGCCCAACUUCAUAGUCUGCUCCGAAAAAGAUGGCACCAGCCCCGAUGGGCACCACUCCCUCCUAUCCUUCCUGGGCAGCCCUGAUUUCCGUGAGGAGUUGCGUUCCCUGUACACCUCCUACCCAGAAUUCCUCAUGUCCUGCUUCCACGGUCACGCAGACGAGGAGGAGCUGGUGGCCUACCUGGGGGUCGCCAGGGAGACGGCCAGGAAGAAGCGCCAGUUGUGGGCUCAGAGCAGGAUCUGCUUCCUGUUGGGUCAGAUGUGCGCCAGCAGGUCAAAGUUCUCCCAGGCUCGAGUCUACUACGAGGAGGCCUUGAGUGUGCCGAGGGACUGUUUCACGGACAUGCAUAUGUUGGUGGCACUCUACGCCAACCUGGCACUCAUCUACCUGACACAGAAAAAUGUAGAGAAGUAUUUCGCCCUGUCGGAACGCCUGGCCGCACUGAUGAUGGGCAUGCCAGACGCCAUCUCGGGCACGGAGGAUCCCGAUGUCCUCAAGUUCCUGCUGAGAAAAGCCAUCUUGUCUCGCAACAAACCCGCCGAGGCCCGUGGCUGUUUCCUCCUCGCCAAGCUCCACCUGAAGCUCGGGAAGGCCGUGAGCGCCGUGCCCUUCCUGGAGAGACUUCAGAUCCUCUCCAGUCAGCUUUCCGGAGUCUGCGAAGGGACCCGCAGCCACGGAUACCUGCUGUUGGGGAGACUUUACAGUGACGUAGGCUUGCCCUACCUCGCCGUCAGCUCAGCGCACCAGGCCUCGCUGCAGACGUCCACCACCCUCUCGGACUGCCUCUGCGCCAUCUCCCUGUUGCUGGAGAACGCGCUCCGGCUCUACGGCGCCGCCGUCCCGGCGCAGGUCGCCCCCUACCUCACUCGGGCCGUCUCGCUGGCUCGCCAAGGCACGGAGCUUCGCCUGGCUCACGUCCACGCGCUCUGCCUCUCCUGGCUGUUCCAUCAGCACGGCUUGCCCGACCGCGCCGUGGGCUACAUGCGGGCGUUCCUCCUGGACGUCGGUUCGGAGUCCGGGAUGACCCAGGCCGACGCCACAGACGCCCUGAUUUGGCUGGCCUGGCUGUACAUCUGCGGCGGGCGGCCCCAGGUGGCCCUGGACGUCCUUGACGCAGUUCUGGCCUCGCUGCCGGAGCACUGUACCACGCAGCAGGAGGGCGUGGUGUACAACAUGCGAGCGAUCGCCUUAGGACGCACGGGCAACCUCAGGCACGCCGCCGAGAGUUACCGGGCAGCGGCGGAAGUGUGCGAGGAGUUCGAGGACAGGCACAACUGGGCCGUGGCGCUGGCUAAUCUAGGCCUCUUGUGCCUCCGGGCCAAAGCAAAGAGCCUGGCCGAGGAGCACCUGGUCCAGGCGGUGGAGCUGUUCUCUGAGCUGGAGGAAGAGGAGCUGGAUGGCCACGAGCUGAGCUUCAUCACCGUGCUGCUGGAGCUGGGCCAGCAUUAUGUGUCCCAGGGUUACCACGAGAGAGGAAAGAUCUACUAUGAGUGGGGUCUGCUGCUUGCCAUCCAAUCAGACCACUCAGAGAGUCAGCUCAAAGCCACCCGUCACUUGUGUCACCUGUACGCCCAGGUGUGUCCAAAUGAGGCCCAAUGCAUCAUCUACAAUGAACACCAGCUGGCUCUAGUGCACCACAUGGGGGAUCGCAGUGUGGAGGCAGACAUUUUGGAGACGAUCAGUCAACUCUACCUAAGCCUAGGCACUGAAAAGGCCUACAAGUCAGCACUGGAACACACCAAACAGAGCCUGGGCAUCUUCAUAGAUCUGGGCAUGAAGAAGAAGGAGGCACAAGCCUGGCUCCAGGCUGGGAAGAUCUACCACAUGCUGAGGCAGACGGAGCUAGUGGAGCUCUAUGUGCAGGUGGCACAGGACGUUGGACUCAGUACUGGAGACACACUGUUCAUACUGGAGCUGCUGGAAGCCGCUGGGGACAUCUUCUUCAACAGCACAGCGGAGAGAGACAAGGCUGUCUGCUUUUACAGGGACCGUGCACUCCCCAUCGCUGUGAAGACAGGUAGUGUGUGCUCCCAGUUGAGGCUGUGUAAUAAACUGGCGCAGCUCCUGCUGCAGAUGAGAGUGUGUGAGGAGGCCGUGGAGUUCGCUCAGACUGCUCUGGACCUCAGUGUGUCACUCGGAGACGACCUGAAUGAGCGGGUGGCCUUCCAUCGGCUGGCCACUCUGUACCACUGCCUGGGUCAGUUUGAGAUGGCUGAGCACCACUACCUUAAGGCCCUGUCACUCUGUCCUGCACCACUACAGUAUGACGAGGAGACCCUGUACUACGUCAGAGUCUACCAGACCUUAGGGGACAUUAUCUUCUAUGAUCUCAAGGACCCCUUCGAUGCUGCUGGGUACUACCACCUCGCCUUGGCCGCCGCCAUGGACCUGGGCAAUAAGAAGGCUCAGCUGAACCUGUGCACCCGUCUGGCCACCAUCUACCACAACUUCCUCAUGGACCGGGAGCUGUCGCUUUUCUUUUACCAGCGGGCGCGGGCCUUUGCGUCGGACCUCAACGUUCGCCGCAUCAACCUGGCGCCUGAUCAGAACUUCCAGAGCACGGCUCAGUAUAGAAUGGACCCCCAGCCCUUAAGUGUGGCUGUCUCUACAGGAUAAUCGUGCCAAUACCUGGACCAGUUCAUCCCUUUUGUCACAACAGUGGUCCAGACUUCAGACUGUUUUUUAAAGUUUUGCCUCCUAUUGUGUCACACACAGGUGUGAAAGGAUUUGCAUUUUUAAGUGGGGAAAGCUUUGGUUUCUGUGUAGCAUUCUACAGUUGAAUUAAAUUUUACCUGGAAAUAUGCAUAA